UUUGUUGUUUGGAUCUUUGGAUUUUUGUGGUUAGUUUUUUAAGUUUGAGACUGGAUUUGUUUUUGGUAACCGUAACUAAAAUUUUAAUAUUUGGUUGAAACUUUUCCUUUUAAAAAACAAUAAUCUGUCUUUUCGUCGACAAGAAAAGUAGACGGAAGGAACCAUUUAAUCGAGGAGAUAGAUAUCCAGAAGAAAGGAUUUUUGAGUUCUGAUCCUAAGUAGGGUAUCAAGGUAGUGCAUCAUGGCUGACGUUGAUGAUAUUCAGCCCCUUGUUUGUGACAAUGGGACGGGAAUGGUUAAGGCUGGUUUCGCUGGAGAUGAUGCCCCUAGGGCGGUGUUCCCUAGCAUUGUAGGACGUCCUCGUCACACUGGUGUGAUGGUUGGUAUGGGUCAGAAAGAUGCUUACGUUGGAGAUGAGGCUCAGUCCAAGCGUGGUAUUUUAACUCUAAAAUAUCCAAUCGAACAUGGGAUUGUGAGCAACUGGGAUGAUAUGGAGAAGAUUUGGCAUCAUACCUUCUAUAAUGAACUUCGUGUAGCUCCCGAAGAGCAUCCUGUUCUGCUUACUGAAGCACCCCUGAACCCUAAAGCUAAUCGAGAGAAGAUGACUCAGAUUAUGUUUGAGACCUUCAAUGCUCCUGCUAUGUAUGUUGCUAUCCAGGCUGUUCUCUCCCUUUAUGCCAGUGGUCGAACAACUGGUAUUGUUCUUGAUUCUGGUGAUGGAGUCAGCCACACAGUUCCCAUCUACGAAGGUUAUGCACUCCCUCAUGCCAUCCUGCGUCUUGACUUGGCUGGACGUGAUCUUACAGAUGCUUUGAUGAAAAUCCUGACUGAACGAGGUUACUCAUUCACCACCACGGCUGAGCGUGAAAUUGUGAGGGAUAUGAAGGAAAAGCUUGCUUACAUUGCUCUGGAUUAUGAGCAGGAGAUGGAAACGGCCAAGACAAGCUCAUCUGUAGAGAAGAGCUAUGAGCUUCCAGAUGGACAGGUGAUCACCAUUGGAGCUGAGCGUUUCCGAUGCCCAGAAGUCCUUUUCCAGCCAUCAAUGAUUGGUAUGGAAGCUGCUGGUAUUCACGAGACCACAUACAACUCUAUCAUGAAGUGUGAUGUUGAUAUCAGGAAAGAUUUAUAUGGCAACAUUGUCCUCAGUGGUGGGUCCACUAUGUUCCCCGGGAUUGCUGACAGGAUGAGCAAGGAGAUAACCGCUCUAGCUCCAAGCAGCAUGAAGAUAAAGGUCGUGGCUCCUCCCGAGAGGAAAUACAGUGUCUGGAUUGGAGGAUCCAUCUUGGCAUCCCUAAGUACUUUCCAGCAGAUGUGGAUUGCGAAGGCAGAGUACGACGAGUCCGGGCCAUCUAUCGUUCACAGGAAAUGCUUCUGAUUUUUAUUUUAUUUUCUUAAAAGUUUGAAGCAGGUUGUGCAGGUGAAGAAGAGAGAAGUAUUGUUCCUUGUCUAGAAGAAAAAAAAACUUCAGCUUUACUUUAUCAUUUCACUAUUUCAGUGUCCAGACAUAGUUUUGUUAUAAUUUCCUAAUUUGAAAAUGUGUAUUAAUGCAUGGCCAUUGUUGGUUUUGGUCGGGACAUAGGGAAAGUCAAAUCAUCUAUAGCAUAGCUCGGUUUCUAUAUAACUGAGUAAAUAUAUCUUCCGCGCCAAAAUUGUGCUUCAUAACAUUUUUGCAUCACUUGAUUUGUUAUUGAAUCAUCAAGUAAAAGUUAUUGGCUCGUUAAGUAA